AUGCAUCCUUCUCUCUUCCUGGCUGCCCUUUGCUUGGGAAUAGCAUCAGCUGCUCCACAAGUCAAUCAGAGUUUAGAUGAACAAUGGUCCCAGUGGAAGGCAACACACGGGAAGCUAUAUGGCAUGAAUGAAGAAGGAUGGAGGAGAGCAGUGUGGGGGGAAAAUAUGAAGAUGAUUGAACAGCACAAUCGGGAAUACAAUCAAAAGGAACACAGCUUCACGAUGGCAAUGAAUGGCUUUGGUGACAUGACCAAUGAAGAAUUCAGGCAGGUGAUGAAUGGUCUUCAAAUCCAGAAGCACAAGAAGGGGAAAGUGUUCCAACCUCCUCUCUUUGCUGAGAUCCCCUCAUCGGUGAACUGGAGAAAGAAAGGCUACGUAACUCCCAUGAAGAAUCAGGGUCAGUGUGCUUCUGGCUGGGCUUUUAGUGCAACUGGUGCCAUCGAAGGACAGAUGUUUGGGAAAACUCACAAACUUGUUUCACUGAGUGAGCAGAACCUGCUGGACUGUGCUUGGUCUGAAGGCAAUGGGGGCUGCAGUGGGGGUAACAUGGAUAAUGCCUUCCAGUAUGUUAAGGACAAUGGCGGCCUGGACUCAGAGGAAUCCUAUCCAUACCAUGCACAGCUCCAAUCUUGCAAAUACAAUCCAGAAAAUUCUGCUGCCGACAUAACUGGGUUCUUGACAAUCCCUAAGACGGAGUACAAACUUAUGAGGUCAGUGGCAAUUGUGGGUCCCGUCUCUGCUGCUAUAGAUGCAAGCCUGGAUACCUUCAGGUUCUAUGACCAAGGCAUUUAUUAUGAUUCAAACUGCAGCCAUGAAAUCCUACACCACGGCGUUCUGAUAGUUGGCUAUGGCUUUGAGGGAACAGAGUUGGAUAACAAAAAGUAUUGGAUUGUCAAGAACAGCUGGGGAGAAGCCUGGGGCAUAGAUGGCUAUAUACUGAUGGCCAAAGACCGGGACAACCACUGUGGUAUCGCCUCCUUGGCCAGCUUUCCUACCGUGUGA